AUUCGAAUACCUUUAAAACAUUGGAAAUCGAAUAAGACGAAGAAAAUUUAAGGAGAAAAGCUUACAAUAUAAAUCAAAUCGAAAAUUAAUCUAUAAAUUUUCAAAUUGUGAAAUUUUUGUGAAGGUAUCAUGACGAGAAUCAUUUGAGAACAAAAUUUGAAGUAAGACAUUAAGACAAUUGUAAGUAAAAAAUGGCAGAGUCAUCAUCAUCGAGGGCUCCUUCAAGUCAAGGCUUUCAUCAGUUAUCAAUAACGAUCGAACAUGCGUCACUUAAAAGCCAUUCUUUUCUCAAGCCAAAUCCAUACGUUGAAUUAUCAAUUGACGCAAAUCCAGCAAGAAAAACUGAAAUUCAGAAGAACACAUAUCUACCGAAAUGGAAUGAUCAAUUCACUGUUCUUGUAACACCAACAUCCAUACUUCAAUUUCGUGUUUAUGAUCAUUCCAGCUUUCGAAAAGAUUCACUUAUGGGAGAACAAACUGUGCUUUUAUCACAAAUCCUACAAAACUAUAAUGGACGUUGUGAGAAUCUUGAAAUUGUGAUGGAUCUUUUAUAUGAAUCGAAAUCCGAAGGAAGACAAUUAAAAAAUGGUGAACUUGUUGCUGUUUUAAAUGGUUUAAAAAUCGACAUGUCAUCAUUGGCUGUGCAAAACGGAACAAGUUAUUCCGAAGCCGUCCAGAAUGGAAGUUCAGUAAGAAGUUCAGUGUCAAAUGGUGGUAUAAGAUCAAGAAUGAGACUGAGAAGUAACAAUAGCAGCAAUGGAGCUGUAUCAUCAUCGUCAUCAUCAUCCACAACAACCACAAAUGGGGUAAUGACAACAAAUGGAAAUGCCGCACCAUCGAAUAUCAUUCAAAGUCCAUCGUCGGGAUCAACAGGAGCUGUAAGACGAUCAAAUGGGAUAAAUUGGGAGCAAAUAUCAUCUUCACAAACACCACCAGCACAAGUCUCAAGUCAUCAUCAACGACUUGCACCAGCAUAUUCGAAUCCAAUUGAACCACCAGCAACAACAGUUUCAACAACUGGAAAUGAAGUUGCAAAUGGUGAAAUGAAUGGCGAUGGUGAUGAUGAAUUAUUACCAGCUGGAUGGGAACGUCGGACAGAUCCUUAUGGUCGUCGAUAUUAUGUCGAUCACAAUACAAGAUCAACAUAUUGGGAGAAGCCAAGUCCAUUACCAGCUGGAUGGGAGAUUCGUCGUGAUCCAAGAGGUCGUGUUUACUACGUUGACCAUAACACAAGAACGACAACAUGGCAACGACCAAAUAGUGAACGUUUAAUGCAUUUCCAACAUUGGCAAGGACAACGCGCUCAUGUAAUGACGCAAGGAAAUCAACGAUUCUUAUAUCCGCAACAUGCACAAGCAAGUAAUACAACACAAGCACCAGCACAAGAUGAUGACGAUGGUUUAGGUCCAUUACCAGAUGGAUGGGAGAAACGUGUUCAACCAGACACUCGCGUUUACUUUGUGAAUCAUAAGAAUCGCACGACACAAUGGGAAGAUCCACGAACGCAAGGUCAAGAAGUUAGCUUAAUGGGUGAAGGUCCACUACCAGCUGGUUGGGAGAUUCGUUAUACAGCAGCUGGUGAAAGAUUCUUUGUCGAUCACAAUACAAGACGAACAACAUUUGAAGAUCCACGGCCAGGUGCACCGAAAGGUGCCAAAGGAGUUUAUGGCGUUCCACGAGCAUAUGAACGAAGCUUCCGUUGGAAGUUGAGUCAAUUCCGAUAUCUUUGUCAAUCGAAUGCUCUACCAAGUCAUAUUAAAAUAACACUCACACGACAAACAUUGUUUGAAGACUCUUAUCAUCAAAUUAUGAGACUGCCCGCUUAUGAACUUCGACGACGACUUUACAUCAUUUUUCGUGGUGAAGAAGGUUUAGAUUAUGGCGGUGUAAGUCGUGAAUGGUUUUUCCUUUUAUCACAUGAAGUUCUCAAUCCGAUGUAUUGUCUCUUUGAAUAUGCCAACAAAUCAAACUAUUCACUACAAAUAAAUCCGGCAAGUUAUGUCAAUCCCGAUCACUUACAAUAUUUCAAAUUCAUUGGACGAUUCAUAGCGAUGGCACUUUAUCAUGGACGAUUUAUUUAUAGUGGAUUUACAAUGCCGUUUUACAAGCGAAUGCUUAAUAAGAAGUUGACAACCAAAGAUAUUGAAUCAAUUGAUCCUGAAUUUUAUAAUUCACUUGUUUGGGUGCGCGACAAUAACAUUGAUGAAUGUGGAUUGGAAUUAUGGUUUAGUGUUGACUUUGAAGUUCUCGGACAAAUUAUUCAUCAUGAGUUGAAGGAUAAUGGUGAUAAAGAGAAAGUCAGUGAAGAGAAUAAAGAAGAAUAUUUGAGUCUUAUGACCGAAUGGAGAAUGACGAGAGGAAUUGAGGAACAAACGAAAACAUUUUUGGAAGGAUUUAAUGAAGUUGUACCAUUGGAAUGGUUGAAAUAUUUUGAUGAACGUGAAUUAGAACUCAUGUUGUGUGGAAUGCAAGAGAUUGAUGUUGAUGAUUGGCAACGUAAUUCAAUUUAUCGUCAUUAUAAUAGGAAUAGCAAGCAAGUGCUGUGGUUUUGGCAGUUUGUAAGAGAAACAGAUAAUGAGAAACGUGCCAGACUUCUCCAGUUUGUGACUGGCACAUGUCGUGUACCUGUUGGUGGUUUCGCAGAAUUGAUGGGAUCGAAUGGACCUCAACGAUUCUGUAUAGAGAAAGUUGGAAAAGAUACAUGGUUACCUCGUUCACAUACCUGCUUUAACAGAUUAGACUUGCCGCCUUACAAAAGCUACGAUCAACUUGUGGAGAAGCUUAAUUACGCUAUUGAAGAAACUGAAGGUUUUGGUCAAGAGUGAAAUGGUUAAAUUAACUUCGCAAUAGAUAAUAAUAAUUCCUAUUAAUUUUAUAAAUGACGCAUAAUUUUAAUUUUCUUUCUUGGGAAGAUAUUUUGGGUGGGUGGAAAAGAAAAUUUUUAUGAAAGGAAAAGUAAAUUGAUAAUCAAAGCGGAUGUAAGUAGAUAAAUAAUUAACUACAUGCAUUAUAUUAAAUACAAAAAAUAUUAUUUAAUCUAAUAAUAAUAAAGUUGCAACCAAAAUCAAUCGACACACACACACACAUACAUACAAACACAGAUGAAUAUAGCUAUAAAAUAUAAAGAAAAAGAUUUAAGAAUUAUAUUAAAAAUUGUAGGAAAAUGUUAUAUUUUUUCUAAACAUGUUUCGCAGUAAUUUGCAGAAAAAGAAAAAGAAGAAAAAAGAAAAUCAUCACUUAGAUCUUAAAUUAUGAAUAUUUGUUAUCAAGUUUGAACUUUAAAUUAAUCACAAAUUCCCUUUUUUCCUUUGGCACUGAUUUUAUGUUGAUCCCGAGUGUUCAUCUCACUUUUUAUUAGGUCCAUUAAUUGUACCUUGAACGUGGUCAGAUUGCGAGUUGGUUUUGCUUGCAACACUAAAGUUUGCCACUAUAAAAGUUUCCUUCCUUUUUCACAGUGAAAGCUUGCACAUUGUUGCGAUACAAUUAAAAAUGUUUAAAUGAAAGUUAAAGGCUCAGAACACGAAAGAAUAGAAAAAAGCAUUUUCAAUUUUAAUUAUGUCGAUUCUGAGCCAUGUUAAAAUAUCAAAGAAAAUCUUCAACUCUCUCAAUAAUUUUCUUCUUUCAAUUUAAUGAUUAACGGAUGAAAAGUUUCUAUCGGGAUCAAAAAAAUGAAAAGAAAAAUGUGAACAUAAUUUUUUUAUGUUGAAAAUUAUUAUUAAUUAAUUAAUUAAUAUGAAAAGAAGGCAAUGUAUAGAAAACAAAAUGAAAAUUAAAAGUAGAAAAUAUUUUGUAGAAGAAAUCAUGAAAUCUUCAUUAAAGUGGCUAAUGAACUUCAAUGAAACGUUAAUUAACCAUUUUAAUGAAAGAUCAAAUAAAAAUAAAAGAAAUUCUGAAGAUAUCUUUGUAAAUAUAUUUUGAAAAAAUAAAGAAAGAAAAUAAAAAUUUCACAUAGUAAACUU